GCUGGCUAAUGAGAGCAUUCUCUCUGAGCAAGGGGAGCAGGGGAGUGGAAAGGUUGGGGAGCUGGCUUCCAAAGGAGCAGGGAUGUGCAAGAGAUCCAGUCUAGUUCUCUGUGCCUUUGCCCUCCUGAUGGGCUUUCUGAUGAUCUGCCUGGGAGCCUACUUCAUUUCCACAGGCUCCAUGUUCAGCUGCCAAGGGAACCUGAUUCUGGCCUAUGUGCUUCUGCCUCUGGGGUUUGUGAUCCUUCUGAGUGGAAUUUUCUGGAGCACCUACCGCCAGGCCAGUGAAAGCAAAGGGGUGUUCGGCCGGGUGCUCAGACAGCACCGUGCUCAGGGGGCCAUGCCCUUGGCCACAGUGGACAGGCCAGAUUUUUACCCUCCUGCUUAUGAAGAGAGGCUUGAUGCUGAAAAGCAAGCCUGUCCUGCAGAACCAGAGGCCCUUGGUGUUCCUCCACCUCCAUAUUCAGAGACAGGCCUCAUAUAUGAAGAUGAAGAUGAUGCCCACCCCGAAGCCCCACCAUCCUACAAUGAGUCAGUAGCAGACAGCGUGGUGGAAGCAAUACCAUCGCAGAGGCAAAGCCAAGAGUGCUGAAGCAGGGGAACUUCUACAUCCCUCAGGAUAUACUCUCGUGGGAUGCAGCUGCUAAUAAUAAAUGCAGGCAGGGACAGUGGGAGGAAAAGCCACAUCAGUGACCCCACAUGAGAGCUCACAGAAGGGAUGCUGUGUGUGACAACAAUGCAAUUCCACACAGGUGCUUGGCCUGCGAGGGCAGAGUGGGGCCUGGAAGGAUGUGGUCAACACCAAGGAACAUUUGCAAGGAUUUGAACUAAUCCCAACCCAGGUCAGCUUUUGGAUUGCAAAAAUGUUGUGAGAGCUCUGCUCCACAGAGAGACUUUCUACUCCCCCCUCGACUCCUCUCCCAUCACCUCGGUCCCCAGCAGAGGGGGAAAGAUGCUGCUUAUGGGGACACCACACACCUUCAUGUGCUGCAUUACCUAAUAAUCACAAAGGGAAAGUAUGCUGGAAAUGAAGGGUCAUUACCAUUUAAACUGUGGGUUCUGCUGGCUGGUUGCAUAGUUACCCUCCUUGACCGUGUUACCAGAGUGACAUAGUAAUUCACACUGUAAGAGAUUUGCCCCUGGAACCCAUGAACACAUGAUUUUAACAUGUGCAUUUUAUUUCUAUGUGGAAGGAAAAUGACUUCAAUAUUUGCUUUCAAAAUGGUUCAAGCACAAAAUUUUAAAUGAGUAUUUUAAGGAUGGGAUGGUUGUACGAACAUAUAUGACGAGCUUUCUUGGAGACUCCAGUUGAAUAAAGAGCAUACUUAAAAAUUCAUACUACACAGAAUGCAGGAAGAAAAGAAUUUGUACUAGCCAUAGGUUGUAUUAAUAUAGAAUUUGACAUAAGCCUCGCAAAAUUUUAAA